UCCUUUCUUCUCAGAACCAAGGAAAGAGAAUACUUCGCAAAAUGGAGGGUCAUGAAGCUAGGGAGCCUGAACAGCUCAGGAAGCUGUUCAUUGGGGGCCUAAGUUUUGAAACCACUGAGGAAAGUUUAAGGAUCCAUUUUGAACAAUGGGGAAACCUCACAGACAGUGUGGUAAUGCGGGACCCAAACAACAAGCGCUCGAGAGGGUUCGGCUUUGUAACAUACUCCUGUGUGGAGGAGGUGGAUGCCUGCAUGGCAGCUCGCCCUCAUAAGGUGGACGGACGUGUUGUUGAACCUAAAAGGGCUGUAUCGAGAGAGGACUCUAAUAGACCGGGUGCCCACCUGACGGUGAAGAAGAUAUUUGUUGGGGGGAUCAAGGAGGACACACGGGAGGACCAUAUCAGGGAGUACUUUGAGACCUACGGGAGGAUUGAGACCAUUGACAUUAUGGAGGAACGCGCAACUGGGAAAAAGAGGGGAUUCUGCUUUGUCUCAUUUGAUGACAAUGACACUGUGGAUAAAAUUGUUGCUCAGAAAUACCACACAAUAAACAGCCACAACUGCGAAGUCAGAAAAGCACUCCCAAAACAGGAAAUGGAGGCGUCUAAUCAGAGGAAUAGGGGUGGUGGCUCUGGAAACUUCAUGGGCAGAGGUGGCAACUCUGGUGGUGGCAACUUUGGGCAAGGAGGCUACGGUGGCGGAAGAGGAGGGGAUGGAUACAAUGGAUACGGUGGAGAGGGUGGAAACUACAGUGGGGGACCUGGCUACAGAGGUGGACGUGGUGGCGGGUAUGGGGGAGGAAGUCCUGGGUAUGGAAACCAGGGAGGAGGCUUUGGAGGAGGAUAUGAUAACUACAAUGACAGAGGCAACUUUAGAGGGAACUUUGGUGGUGGAAGGGGUGGAAAUUACAAUGACUUUGGCAACUACGGAGGACCGCAAUCUAGCUAUGGUCCCAUGAAGGGGAACAACUUUGGUGGCAGAAACUCUGGUGGUGGCCCCUAUGGAGGUGGCUACGGCUCAGGCGGUGGAAGUGGGCAUGGCUACGGCUCACAGCGAUAUUGAUACUAUGACGCUCGGGCUUCAGUUCUUAGCAGGAGAGGAGAUGAGCAAGGAUUUGUCAGGAAAGCUGCAGGUUACUGUACUUUUAGGCAGUCGUCUGAAAGCAUGUAGAGGAACAGAAGUCAGAAAGUUAUUGCAGCUUUAACGGGAAACUAAUCCUAAGAAAGACUGUACACACAAACUACAAGGGUGUAGCUAGUACCUUAUUUGUGGUAGAUGUUCCCCCACUUUAUAAUUGUUCCUUUUGUGCAUCUGAAGUGUAUGUAAUGUUGUGCCUGUGGAAUCAGGAGUUUUAAAAAAAAAUAAAAAAGUAUUUCGAACUCC